CCCCACUUUAUCAACACUCCUCAAAUUAUUGGCUUCACAUGGCUUCCGUUCUAGAGUCAGUGAAUCAGUGAAUUGGGCUUUUAUAAUGUAGAUGUGUGAAGGGCUCAGCCUUUCAGCUGGAGGUACUGCGAUUCAAUUAAGUAGGUCUUGCUAACCUCUUAUCAUCUCCUCGUCAUAUUUGUUUAUUUAAAUAAGUAAAUUAAUUUAAACUUUUCUAUUUCAGGAUGGUUGUUUUAACUUUCAUACUCUUUAUCCUUAUUAUGCAUGGCAUCACAUUAAGUGCUGCAUUUUCAGAUGUUCAUUGUACAUAUUUGAACAUUAAUUUUGUCACAAAUACGUGUUACUCGUGUGAUGUUAUCAACAAUCUUAAUGUCCGUACACCAAACGAGAAAAUAAAUUCAAUUCAUGGAGUUCAUUUGCCAAGCAAAUAUUUAAAUAACGUUACAGGAUUAUCGAUAAUCAAUAGGAAUACCGAUUAUUUGCCAGUCAAUUUGGGUGAAAAAUUCACAGCCUUACACACAUUAAGAGUUAAAGACGGAAAAUUAAAGAAAAUCGACCAGAUUGAUCUCAAAUCAAUGCCGAAGCUUCGUUAUGCUGACUUUGAUUCAAAUGAAUUAAAAAUUAUUGAGAAGGAUUUGUUUAAGUUUAAUCUUCAACUUGAAUAUGUUUCAUUUGAUGGGAAUCGAAUUACAAGUGUUGGUGAAAAUGUAUUUGAAAAUUUAGCACAGUUAAAGUUUUUGGAUAUGAUGAAUACAUUUUGCAUUAAAGUUAAGGCAACAGACAGGAGAAAAGUUAAAGGUGCUAUUAUCGAAAUUAACAAUAAUUGUUCAAAUUUUACGGACGAAGUUCAAUAUUACAAAUGGAAAAUUAACCAGUUUAAAGGAAAGAAUUCAAAUUUGAAUACUAAAUUCAAUUAUAUUGAAGCCAAAAUUACCAUAAAUGAUGAAAAUGUAAAGCAAGUUGAUAAUAUGAUGAAAGAGAUGAAAGACCAAGAAGCCAAAAAUGAACAAAAGUUUAAAAAUAAGGUUAAAGACUUAACAAGAACGCAAACUCAAUUGAAAUUUGAUAUUUCAACCCUUGAACAAAUAAUUACUGCGAAAUCAUCGGAAAAUCGUCAAAUUCAAGAGAAUUUUAAUAAAAUGCAACAAAAUAUCACUGAAAUCCAGCAAAACAUCAAACAUGAAACUGAAAAAAUCAAGCAAGAUGAACAAAAAACAAAGAAUUUGAAACAAGAAAUUAGACAAAUGACGAUUGAUUUUUAUAAUUAUAAACUAAGUAAAGCUCUAUUGGAUGAAGAAAAUGAAAAGUUAAAAAUGGAAUAUAAAGCACUAGAAUUGGAUAUAACUUCUAAAGAUUCGUCACCAACAACUGAAUUUUUGACAUGUUUUGUGCUAAUAUUAGCACUCAUCUUAUCAGUACUUGAUAGCUUCACAACAUUGAAUUUUUUUCGAAGAUUUUCUUUACUAAGAAUAAGGAGAUUAAUCAAUGAAAUGGACAGUAAUUCUGAAACUCCACAGGAUGUGAAUCAUACGAGCUUGUAGUAAAUUGUAUUUGUCAUUUUUAAUGAUUAAUAAAAAAAUUAUUUCUUAAUUAAUAUAAUUGACAGCAUCUUUGGUUAUGAGUGGUCCGUUCUCAAACUGUAGAAAGUUAAAGCUAAGGUAAUGAUUGAUAAGAUGGAAUCAAGGGUGUGAAACUGAUGAAUUAUAUUUUGAUCAUUUCAUCAGUUCCGCACCAUUGUAUUGAACUGACUUACUUCGAUAACUUUACAGAUCAAUUGUGAUCCAUGGC